UGCACAGACACGUGUGCUUGUGACGUGCUUGGUCGUGCCCCUCUUUCUCUCUAUCUCUCUCUUCUUUUCCUCCUCCAUCGUGCGUAGCCUUCGUUACGACACCGAAGAACGUUAGCGAGGCGAUAGAACGACGCGGCCCGCGGAAGACGCCGGUGUCGCAACUCUGACGCUAUUGACAGGCCUCCUCUUCGCCAUCCUCGUUUUCGGAGCAACAAGCGCUGACUCGUAGAGAUUUUGGCAGCAUUAACUAGGAGCACGCACAGUUAAAGAACGGCGAGCGAGCGAGCUACAACGCUAGCGAGAACCAGCUCUCUCGGGCGGAAUUUGCGGAGCUUUUCUCAAAGUUUCAUGGGGUUGAAAAUUGGUGUCACAAAUAUUCAGAUGAUAUGAUUGUUUAUGCAUGAACGUGAAGAGGACUACGACCAACAGAGGAGAUAUACGAUUAUAUAUGGUGCAAAUAUAAUAAAGAAGCAAGAUUAAUUGAUGACUUUCAAAGUGUAUUGAACUUAUAAAGGCGGAGAAAAAAUUGAUCCAUUUGUACACCUCUUGUAUACAGUGAGCGUGCCUUAUUUGUAAUUAUCGCUAAACACAAAGAUAACAGUGAAAUGGCCUCCAAUCGUCGUAUGUUGAAGGAUCGCCUCUCAUGCAGGCAGGUGCUCAACAUCAUGGUGAUUCUCGGCUUUAUGUUGAACUACAUGCUACGCGUGAAUUUGACGAUAGCGAUCGUCUCGAUGGUGACGCCGGACAAUAGUAGCAGUCAACAUUUACAUUCCAACGAAUCGUCGUCGGUGCUGGACGAAUGCGCUGCCCGGCCGGUGAUGAUGAACGAUCUCACCCCGAACGACACCAGGAUCCCAGCGAUUCACGUCGGCGUUAAUAGAGUCAACGAGACGAAUAACGCCACUACGUUUCUACCAUCGUUCCCACUGCGACACCCGGAGGAACGACCCCAGACCAAGUAUCCGUGGAACGAAUACGAGGUGAAUCUAAUUCUCGGUAGCUUCUUCUGGGGCUACAUAUGCACGGAGAUCCCGGGUGGUCGGCUUGCGGAAGUAAUUGGCACUAGGAAGGUCUUCGGCUACAGCAUGCUGGUGUCGAGUUUCAUCACUUUGCUGACACCAAUAUCAGCCACGUUCGGCUAUGCCGUCGUCGCCGCUCUCAGAAUAAUACUGGGAUUUAUGCUGGGUGCCACCUGGCCUGCCAUCCAGCCGAUGACUGCUCGAUGGAUUCCACCUACGGAGCGUAGCAAGUUCGUCUCUAACAUGAUGGCCUCGUCGCUUGGCGCCGCGAUAACUAUGCCGAUAUGCGGUUUCCUCAUCGACUCACUCGGCUGGGAGUCGGUCUUCUAUGUGACCGCCACGAUUGGGAUUAUAUGGAGCGUGGCGUGGUUCUUGCUGGUGUUCGACUCACCGUCGCAGCAUCCGCGCAUCAGCGAGGAGGAGCGACGUUAUAUCGAGGAUGCAAUUGGAACUACCGCUACCGAUAAGCAUCUACCAGUUCCAUGGCGCUCAAUUGUCACCUCUGGACCCGUCUGGGCUAUCGUAAUAACGCACGCAUGCAGCGUUUUCGGUUACUUCACCGUCGUAAAUCAGCUUCCGACUUACAUGAAAUAUAUCUUGCACUUCAACAUUAAGGAGAACGGCCUUUUAUCCUCGUUACCGUAUCUCGGCAAGUAUAUUUUCGCAUUAUCAAUGUCCACUUUGGCCGAUUACCUACUUCGCAUCAACAAGCUAUCCGUAACUGCAAUACGCAAAAUUUUCACGACAUUCGCUAUUCUAAUCCCUAGCAUCCUCAUGGUGAUUCAAGUAUAUUAUGGUUGCAAUCGCGCGGCAUCGGUUGCAAUAUUUACCGUCGGUCUGACGAUAAACGGUGCCGUGACAGCCGGUUAUUUGGGAAAUGGUCUCGACAUCGCGCCCAAUUUUUCCGGGACCAUAUUCGGUAUUGCCAACACCUUCAGCUCGAUAGGCGGUUUUCUUAGCAGCUUCAUGGUCGGCACCAUCACGUACAAGAAUCAGACUUACUCGCAAUGGACCAUCAUCUUUUGGACCUUGGCGGCCUCAUACUUUAUCGGUGCGAUAACAUUUGCCCUUUUCGGCACCGGUGAACUACAAAAAUGGAACAAUCCCUCUAGUGAAACGAAAAAGAACGGCGCUACCGCGGAAGAGGGUAUCGAAUCGGUUCCUCUCAAAAGUAAAAUAAUUUCGUAGCUUGAAAGUUGCUUCUUAGACUGUUAAGACGUUACAAUGAUGAAGACGUUAAUUUAUCGCAUUGCGAUAAAUAUUCCAAACGGAACAGUAUUCGUUUUUAUUAUCGUAAAAUGUUAAAUCAAUUGAUUGACCCUGCUUAGCAAUAGCUUGCAUAACAUCCUGUUUUUUUUCACUGCCUGCUAACUUUCUGCUUAGAAUUGAAAUAUGUCUUUCAAAUUGAGGUAAUUUAUUAUUAUUAUUAUUAUUAUUGUUUUAUAUUUUACCUCUAAGUUGUGUAGAAUGUAAAAAAGAAUAGAUUGUAAAAUUAGAAACGUCGAUUUUUUAAAAAUGAGUUUUAUUUUUAAAAAUGAAUGUUAUUAUAAUUAUAUCGAGUUUUCUUUUUUAUAUUUGCUUUCUUAGAUGUGCUAAGUUCAGGGUCGAUUGGUAUAGAAUAAUUGAGUGCGUUUUUACACUCACUUUUUACUGAUAUUGAUGUGUAUUACGUACAGUAAGCUUACAUAGUUACCAAAGGACAGAAAGAUAAACAGCUCUAAAAGCGUUUAGUUUAAAUUAAACUUUUGUUAGUGUAAUUUGUUGAUAUGCUAAUUUUUAAAUAAUAAAUUUUUAGCAAUUUU